GAGAUCAAAACUAAAAAUUAUUUAUUGAAUUAUUUAUUCAAAACUUUUUCUAUAUUUCAGAUUCUCGAUAAAAAUGCCUCCCUGGAAGAGUCCUGGAAGCCUGGCAUCCCUCAGUUCGACCUCUCUAAUUACAAGCCUGGCGGUCAGAAUACGCGGUGCAGACACAGACUCUAAAAUAUUUAGUGAUAUCCAGUCAGUUCUCUCCAGUUUACCAAUACCUCUAUUAGAGGAUGUGAUAGAAGGGUUGACAAUUAUACUGAUAGGAAAAGAUAAACAAACCAAAUCGUUCUUUAAUGCAUUUAAAUGCUUCCCACUCAGAAACCUGACAAAACUGAACUUCAGUAGACUGUUCCAUGGAUUUAGGCUCUCCAGAACACAGAACACAGAGUUUAAAGAGUUCUGUGUUAAUGUAUUCAAAAACACACAUUACCUCAGACAACUAGUUUUGAUCGCAAAAUGUACAAAUGAAAUUCUCACACAGCUCGGAGACUCCUGUAAACAUCUAUGGGAACUAAAUAUUGGACUGAGUGAUGAUAUUUCUGAUGAAGGACUUUUAGGGCUGUUACCUACCCCCACAGAUACCAGGUGUUCUAACCUCAGGAUAUUAGAUAUAACCAAGUGCUGGAAUAUCAGUCCAAAGGGAGCCGCCAGUGUUAUUACAAAGCUACCUAAACUCCAAAGGUUGUGCUACUCCAGUAUGCGAGCAAUGGCAGAAGAAAUAUCAAGAAACCAAGAGACUGAAGAGGUUGGAGGAAGCUACGAGCUGGAUUAUUUUGAAUGUACAGAACAGAAUUAUGUUCAGCUUAACUAUAAAACCAUGCCCGCUGUCACAUAUCCAAGAAUAGGUUUUUCUGAAGUAUUUCAAAUGUUCCCAAAGAUCUUGACAAUUAAAGUUUUAGUUUCUGAUCCUGAAGUCCAACAGUUGACAUGCUUUACAGGUUUACGCCAUGUUGAAUUUGAGCUUGUUGAUGAUCCAGGAGUUGGUUUCAAAUCCUUCUUCCAGGAUCCUUGUACUAGGAACCUGAACCAAAUAGUACUCCAGGUGAUCUGUACGCCAGCUAGCUACCUGCAAAUUAUAGCUGAAAACUGUCAGCAGUUGACUGUCUUCAAGUUUACAGGAACAACAAUAGAAGGAGAAGAAACGCUUUGUGCCUCUAAGAAUUAUUUCCAGAAUCUGGCUCAUCUAGAAUUCAAACUGUUUGGAUCCUCUGAGAUGUAUAUUUCGAGUGAAGAGGAGGAUGAGGAGGAGGAGGAGGAUGGAGGAGAAGGAGGAGGACCAAAAAUAAAACCAGAAAUUUUAUUUUUCUUUCUUCAGUUCUCUACUCAACUUGUUCAAAUCUCACUUUAUGUCAACUGCUCAAGGUUUAUCAGCUCAGCAUUCCUAGAGAAACUAUUUCAAGAGAAUACUUUAGUAAACUGCCAGAAGUUCUUCUUAUCAGGGCCCUCAUCUCUACCCCUAGAUAGAGAUACAGUAGAUCUUGUUCUCUCUACUCUACCCUCCCUAAGGAGUAUACAUAUAUCCAGGUGGGAGGGUAUUACAGAGCGUAUACUUGCAGACUACAAGAAAUCUAGUAAACUGGAUAAUUUGGACAUAGAAUUCUUCUAAUUUGGAGCUAGUAGCAGCCAUAUUCGAUUAGAAUUCUUCUAAUUUGGAGCUAGUAGCGGUCUUAUUCGAAUAGAAUUCUUCUAAUUUGGAGCUAGUAGCAGCCUUAAUCGAUUAGAAUUCUUCUAAUUUGGAGCUAAUAGCGGCCUUAUUCGAAUAGAAUUCUUCUAAUUUGGAGCUAGUAGCGGCCUUCUUUGAAUAGAAUUCUUCUUAUUUGGAGCUAGUAGCGGCCUUAUUCGAAUAGAAUUCUUCUAAUUUGGAGCUAGUAGCAGCCUUAUUCGAUUAGAAUUCUUCUAAUUUGGAGCUUGUAGCAGCCUUCUUCUAAUUUGGAGCUUGUAGCAGCCUUCUUCUAAUAGAAUUCUUCUUAUUUGGAGCUAGUAGCGGCCUUCUUCGAAUUGAAUUCUUCUUAUUUGGAGCUAGUAGAGGCCUUCUUCGAAUAGAAUUCUUCUUAUUUGGAGCUAGUAGCGGCCUUCUUUAAAUAGAAUUUUUCUUAUUUGGAGCUAGUAGCGCCUUCUUCGAAUAGAAUUCUUCUAAUUUGGAGCUAGUAGCGGCCUUCUUUAAAUAGAAUUCUUCUUAUUUGGAGCUAGUAGCGGCCUUCUUCGAAUAGAAUUCUUCUAAUUUGGAGCUAGUAGAAGCCUUAUUCGAAUAGAAUUCUUCUAAUUUGGAGCUAGUAGCGGUCUUCUUCGAAUAGAAUUCUUCUAAUUUGGAGCUAGUAGCGGUCUUCUUCGAAUAGACCAUAAAAUUUUACCAAUAUGGUGUAAGUGUCUCUAUUUAAUUGAUAUUAAAUCACAAGGUUUUGUAAUUACCUUUCUUUGAUUUCUGUAACAUUGCAAGUAUGUAUUUAGUGCAUUUUAGUUGAUUGUUAUUUGUAUGUAUUGAGAUAUUAAUAAAACUGUUAAAAUUA